UUUAAUUUUUAUGCCUACGUUUAUCACUAUAAGAUGCCUGUCGGCCACUUGUUGUACCGUAACUGUCCUAAUAGCCCCGGGGCCUCUAUUUUUUAAUUGGUCUCAUUUAAUGGGCUUCCCAAGACUUUGUCUUAUAACGGGAUCUGACUUAUUAAAUUUCAAUUUUAAAUAUUUCAAUUCCCUCCUUGCUUAUUCUGUCCAUGCCCUAGUUUUCUUUUACUUUAUUUUCCUAUUUUUAAAAAACCCUAAAAAUUACUGCUUUUUAAUCUUUUUUAGUUGAACAAGCCAGCUACUUUUUCAAUCAUUUCUUUUCCUCUCACCGCGCACCUCCGUUUUCUUCCUUCCUCCUUGACCGGCUUUCUAGUCAGACAAACAAAACUAAUUUUACUUUCAUUUGCCCUAGAGGUUGAGGAAUGCUCCGAUUUUUUUCUUUUCAUUGCUUCUUUGUAAAAAUUGGCGGAGCUUUGAAGAAAAUUGUCUGACCGAUCGGAAAGAAAAUGAAAGGGAAAGACCUUGAUGGUGAACAGAAAAAAAGACCCGGAUAUAUGCCCUUGCCCUAAUAGCCUUUUUAUUUUUAAAAAACUUGCUUCUGUUGA